AGGACCCUUGUUCCCAGCCGGACGCUUGUAGUUGGUGCACGGUCUCGUUCUGUCAAAUGGACUUUCACCUUCAGUUGAGCCGAAAAUUAACUUCGGUGUAAUUUUUGGUGAAUUGGUAGAGGGGAGAAGGGUAUCUGAUUUCCAGGGAUGGGGUCUCCUGGUGGUGAGAGCAGGGGCCACUGCUGCGAGGAGCACCUGUACUGCUGCGGCGCUGCCACCGAAGUGCUCAAGUUCGGGGUGCGAGACCUGCGCUGCUCUAGGAGCCGGCACAGCGCCCCCUGCCUGCUCUUCCUCGUCAUUCCAGGGAACCCAGGCAUGGUGGGUUUCUACAGGACCUUCAUGGAGACCCUCUACCAGGCCUUUGAGGGCCGCUAUCCUGUGUGGGCUGUGAGUCACGCCGGCCACUGCGUGCCCCCGGACACCAUGGACAUGCUAGAAGAUGUCGCUCCAGUGCAGACCGGGGACGUGUUUGGCCUCCAGGGCCAGAUCGAGCACAAGCUGGCCUUUCUCAGGGAGCACGUGCCCAGAGACACGCGGCUGGUUCUCAUCGGCCACUCCAUCGGCUGCUACAUCAUCCUGGACAUGAUGAAGCGGGAGCCUCGGCUUCAGGUGCUCAAGUCUGUGCUGCUGUUUCCGACGAUCGAGCGCAUGGCAGCGACGCCGCAGGGCCGCCUCAUGACCCCGGUGCUGUGCAGGCUCCGCUACGCCACCUACCUGCCCGUCUUCCUGCUCUCCCUGCUGCCCCUGGGGCUCAAGACGUCCAUCGUGAAGUUCGCCCUGAGGGGUCUGAGCUCGCUUGACCCGAAGAUCACGAACGCUGCCGUCAGGCUGCUCAGCGUUGACUGCGUGGCCAAUGCCAUGUACAUGGGGAGCCAAGAAAUGGUACAAGUCCUUGAACGAGACAGCUGCACCAUCGGACAGAACCUGGACAAGCUCGUGUUCUACUACGGAGCCACUGACCACUGGUGCCCAGUGCAGUACUACCAGGACAUCAAGAGGGACUUCCCCGACGGAAACAUCCAGUUGUGCAGUCGUGGCUUCCGACACGCCUUCGUCCUGGACUCUGGGCGGGAAGUGGCUGCCAUGGCAGCCAAGUGGCUCCGCGACGAUCUGCAGGGCCUGUGAGUGGGAGCGCAGUACCUCUUCACCUGGACACCUCGUUUACAGAGCAGCCGCCGGACGAAGGAGACCUUCGGCCUGUUUUAGCUGCUUGUUUACAGAUUGAGGAAUAUGACCAGUGGUAAGGAGGACCGGUGACUCUUACUCUACUGCUCAUACAGCGCGGAAUGACCACACCGUCCCUGUCACCACGGUAUUAUAUACAGUUUCCAAAUUUUAAAAAUGGUAAAAGAGGCUCGUUGAUCAGCAGGAUGAUUUUUCUAAUAACUGAAUUUAAAUAUUCAAAUUGGUUUUCAAGCAUAUAACUCAAUACAUAACACAAAAAUACAUGUUUAGAAGCGCAGAACUGAAGGAAUCCUCAUUUUCUCUGCACCAGCCUCAUCAUUCAGAUUGUCCCUAAAUUUUCUUUCUAGUUUCAAGGCUGGUAGUAUAUUGGGAGAAAUGAAUCACAAGUUGUUAAAAAAAAAA